UUGUCUACUGUUUACAUCCGAACUGUCAACUGAAAUGUCAAACACGCAGCCACAAGAGAAACGUCAAACGAAUAUACCACAUAAACAAGAAAUAGGUGUUUUUCGUAAAUAAAGAAGAUUUCUCAUCAAAAAAAUUAGCUAAAAUCAUGGCAACAAGUUAUUAUUUUGCUAUCGUUGGCCAACACGAUAAUCCAAUUUUCGAAACUGAAUUCACCAGCAGCAAAGAGCCAAAGAAAGACGACCAUCGCCACCUGAAUCAAUUUAUAGCACAUGCCGCACUCGAUUUAGUUGAUGAGCACAAAUGGAAAACGAAUAACAUGUAUUUGAAGUCGAUCGACAAAUUCAAUCAAUGGUUUGUGUCAGCAUUUGUAACCGCUAGUCAGAUUCGAUUCAUCAUUGUCCAUGACAAUCGAAAUGAUGAGGGAAUAAAGAACUUCUUCAACGAUGUGUACGAAGUGUAUCUGAAACAUUCGCUGAAUCCAUUUUAUACACAGAAUACUGCGAUCAAAUCGCCGCAAUUCGAACGCAAGGUUCAGACGUACGGCAAAAAAUAUUUGAUUUCUUAAUAUAAAUAGGAAAAUUGUAAAUGGUCGAACUCGGAAUGAGCUCUGAAAUUCCACUAAAUUAAGGCUUAAAUAAUGUGAAUAAAA